GGCCAACAGAAAUGUUCCUAGACUCAGGUUCUAUGAAUACCCAUGAUGUGGGUGCUACAUUAACACACUGACGCUGGUAAUGUGUUGAUCCCCCCUACAUUUAGUGGCUAUAGGACCUAAACAGGAAGCGUUAUCAGAAGAGGAAGUGUUUGGAUUUACCGCAGCAAUGGCGACUAAGAACACUGACAUGCUGAAGCGGUACAGAUCCGCCAUGCUUCUGGCAGGCGCGGGGGACGCUCUCGGCUACAAGAAUGCUGAAUGGGAGUUCUGCCGUAAGGGAAGGUUCAUCCAUGAAGAACUGGAGCGAUUGGGAGGAUUAGGACGGAUAGAAGUGAACAGGCACGGCUGGAUGGUGAGUGAUGACACAGUCAUGCACCUGGCUACUGCUCAAGCACUAGUGUCCCCAGAGGCACAGCAGGGUCGCAUCGACAUGUACCACGAGAUGGCCCGCCAGUACAUAGAGUGUAUGAAGGACAUGACCGGCCGGGCGCCAGGCGGCACCUGUAAGGCGAUGACACGGAUACUGAAGCCGGGUAUGAAAGAUGGCUACAAGGUCCCUUUUAACAACAGGGGCGGAGGAUGCGGAGCGGCCAUGAGGUCCAUGUGCAUCGGUCUCAGAUAUCCCAGACCUGAAGACCUUAAAGAUCUGAUCGCUGUCAGCAUAGAGAGUGGCAGGAUGACACACCAUCAUCCUGUCGGCUUUCUAGGGGCACUCACUUCGGCCCUCUUCACAGCCUACAGUAUUCAAGGCAAGCCCCCAGUAGAGUGGGGCCAAGGCCUGCUGGAUGUUCUACCACAAGCCUUGCAGUAUGUCCUGGACAGCGGCCACUACCCUCAAGAAAAUAUAAAUGCCUGGCCAUUUUUUGAGACACAAUGGAAGAAGUAUGUAGAGUUGCGGAAACUGGCGUCUGGUGAAGCACAUUUCCCUGACAACUAUCAUGAGUCUGAUGUGAGAGACGCAUACUACAAAUCCAUCAGUAUUGGCGGGUGGGGCGGGGCUUGUGGACAUGACUCCACCCUAAUAGCCUAUGACGCCAUCCUAGGGGCUGGACAAGACUGGAUGCAGCUGUGUAUGAGGGGCAUGUUCCACGGCGGGGACAGUGACAGCACAGGGACUAUAGCGGCAUGUUGGUACGGGGCGAUGUACGGCUUGGAAGGUGUACCCCAGGGCAACUACAAAAACCUAGAGUACAGAGACCGUCUGGAGACGCUUGGGAAGAAGCUGUAUAAUCUGACUGUGAACGAUGCCGCCGACCAAGGCACUCCCGAGGAGGCACUGACGUCAGACGUUAAGUCGGUUAUCUCCCAGUUGGCAGACACCCAGUUGACAGACAGUCGAUUGACAGACACUGAACUAAAAUGUGACGUUUACAUCAGGAGAAUGGCAACAUCAUCAUCUCAGCAUAAUGGAGUCAGCAUGCUGGAACGGUACAAGGCUGCAAUGGUACUUGCUGGAGUGGGGGAUGCUCUUGGGUACAAAAAUGGAGAAUGGGAGUUCUGUCACAGUGGAAAACUCAUUCUCAAAGAUCUGAAGAAUAUGGGAGGACUAGAAAAGAUCAAAGUGAACAAACGUGACUGGAUGGUGAGCGAUGACACCGUCAUGCACCUGGCCACAGGCGAAGCUCUUGUGUCUGAAGCGAGUAGCGUAAGCCUGGUGGAAACAUAUUACGACAUAGCCCGCAUGUACAAAGAAUGCAUGAAAGAUAUGGCUGGAAGGGCCCCAGGAGCUACAUGCAUGAUGAUGACACAUAAACUGAAGCCAAAUGUAGACGAUGGAUACAAGAUUCCUUUCAAUAGCAGAGGUGGUGGAUGCGGAGCGUCCAUGAGGGCUAUGUGCAUCGGUCUCAGAUACCCGAGACCUGAAGACCUAAAUGAUCUGAUCGCUGUCAGCAUAGAGAGUGGCAGAAUGACACACCAUCACCCCACUGGCUACCUGGGAGCUCUGGCUUCGGCCCUCUUUACAGCUUUCAGUAUUCAAGGCAAGCCACCAGUGGAGUGGGGCCAGGGACUGCUGGAUGUUCUACCACAAGCCUUGCAGUAUGUCCUGGACAGCAGACACUACCCAGAAGAAAAUAUAAAUGCCUGGCCAUUCUUCAAGGAACACUGGGAAUUGUAUGUAGAAUCGAGGAAACUGGCGUUUGGAAAGCCAGUGUUUCCUGACGAUUAUGAGGAUCCGGACGUGAGGGACGAUUUCUACAAAAGUAUAAGCUUUGGUGGAUGGGGUGGAGCUAGUGGCCAUGAUUCCACAAUCAUUGCCUAUGACGCCGUCCUGGGGGCUGGACAAGACUGGAAAAAGCUGUGCAUUAGGGGCAUGUUCCACGGCGGGGACAGCGACAGUACAGGGACUAUAGCGGCAUGUUGGUACGGGGCGAUGUACGGCUUCCAAGGGGUGCCAAAGGGCAACUACAAAAAUCUAGAGUACAGAGACCGUCUAGAAAGACUUGCAGAGGAGUUGUAUAAUCUGGCCCAGACAAGUAGGGUUAGUCAAGACAACCCUGAGGAGAUGGAUGGGUCGGAUGUAGAUCCUAAACACAUCAAGAAAGAUUCCAGGAAUGAAGACAGUUGCUACUCUAAAAGCCCAGGGACAGAUGAGGGAGAAACCAUGGAGGAGCCAAAGGAUGAAGAAGAGGGAUGCAAGAUGGAGUAUAAACCUACAGAUGGAACGGCAGAGAAGAGGAAAGGUCAAUGUUCACGGUCUGCAACGGAAAAUACAGGAGGUGCUGAUCCCACUCCACCAAGACAGGUGAAGAUGGAAAAUGUACCUACAGAUGGAACGGCAGAAGAGAGGAAAGGUCAGUGUUCACCAUUUGCAACGGAAAAUACAGGAGGUGCUGAUACCACCACUCCACCAAGACAGGUGAAGAUGGAAAAUGUACCUACGGAUGGUACGGCAGAGGAGAGGAAAGGUCAGUGUUCACCGUUUGCAACGGAAAAUACAGGAGGUGCUGAUACCACCACUCCACCAAGACAGGUGAAGAUGGAAAAUGUACCUACAGAUGGUACGGCAGAAGAGAGGAAAGGUCAAUGUUCACCGUCUGCUACAGAAAAUACAGGAGAUGCUGAUACCACCACUCCACCAAGACAGGUGAAGAUGGAAACUGAACCUACAGAUGGAACGGCAGAGGAGAGGAAAGCUCAAUGUUCACCGUCUGCAAAGGAAAAAAAUGGGAAGUGCUGAUCCCACUCCACCAAGACAGGUGACAGAUGAAUGUCAUUAUUGUGUAAAUAUACUGAAAUCCAUU